GAAGCGGCGCUCGGAGCCCCGGGGCUGCCCGGCGGCGCUGCAGCAGCGUUGAACCCGGCACGACUUCCGCAUGGCGACCGCCGCCGCCGCCGCCUCGGGGCUCAGGGUGAUGACGACACAGCGCGGGCCGGCGCGGGCCGAUGACGACACGCCGCCAAAGGAACCGCCAGCGCAUGCGCACAGACACCGUGCUGCUACGGAGCCGCUGCCACGCAUGCGCAUUCGCCUCGGGGACGGCGUCCCUGCGCAGCGCAGCGCAGCUCAGCCUGCACGCACGGCUGGGGGGGAACGGAGCGCCCGCAGGGACCUCCUCGGGAGGUGGGGGGGCGGAGCUGUGGUUAUGGCGGCCGUGAGUGGGGCUGUGGGGUCGGAGAUCCGCAGCAAGAUGCGGCGAAACAAUGGGAUCGGGGCAGAACGGGGAGCCUCCCCUGCCCGUUGCUGUGUCCUUCUCCCCGGCCAUGAAUGUGACUCCGAGCAGAGUCCUGACCCAACCCAGGACAGCUACGUCUGUGGCGUUCACAGCGUGAGCUCCCUCUGCAAAAUGUACUUCAGGGAGCUCCCAAACCCUCUGCUGUCCGACCGGCUGUAUGAGCAGUUGUCAGACACAGUUCUUUAUCACGGCGCAAGUCCCUGUGGGUGUCUUCUCCUUCCACAAAGCUGCUCACACUGGAGGAGGCACAGGCACAGACACGAGGCCACAGCAACUCUCCCGUUGUGUCAGACAGCAGAGAGAUUGAAGGCCCCGCAGCUUUACAGGGGAAAUGCCACCCAGUCAGUGGCUUUCCAUCCGAAAGAAAAAGUCCAGCCAAUGAGAUGAAGAAAUGAGCAGCUGGCAGUUGGCAUUCCUGCUUCAGCCUGGGAAAAUCACCCUCUGUGGCCAAACAGAUUGCAGCACAAACCCUCAGAAGCAAAAGUCGUGGCCGUGGCAGGUGAAUCUAACCGGUUUCGACCCAGAAGACCCAGGCCCAGUAGUGGUGCGCUGUGCACGUCCUGCAGUGCAGAGCUGUCAGGAAGCACGAAUCGCUGCAGUUCUGAUGACAACCUUCCACAUGACAACAGCGAUGGGGAUAAGGCGCUCAUCUGCGUUCCUGCCCCCAUGUCUCCUGGCUCUGCUGAAGAUGCUGACCUGAGCCCACCAGCCAUCGCAGUCGCUAGCCUGGAUUGUGACUCAGUGUCCUUCCAGUGCAGCCCACCUCAUGCAGAGUCUGAGUGCCCGGGCAGCAGCACCUCCAUGAGGAGCAGGUCGGCAUCGCUGAGGAGGACUUAUAAUCAGGCAGCCAGUCCCAGGCACCGGGAGGCACACACAAGUGUGAUGCAGUCACGCUGCUCUCCGAAUUCUGUGCUUGAUUAAUCCGAAGAAAUCUUUAUGCCAUGAUGAGCAAACCAUGCUAUCUACCAAAUGAUGUCACAGUCUUCUUUCUCACCCUUGCACUUCCCUUUCCUGCACGUGAAGCAGCAACCUGCUGGCCAUCAGAGAGUGUCAGUGGUCAUCAGAAGGCUUUGUUGGCUGUCAGAGGGCUCCACUGAUCAUGAGAGAUCUUCCCUGACCAUCAGAGGGCUUCAUUAAUGAACAGAGGGUGUCAUCGGUCAUCAGAGAGGAGAUUUGAGCCCCUCUUGAGCUACUGAAGGCCGCUCUUAGGUCUCCCCGGAUCCUUCUCCAGGCUGCCAAGUUCAAUGCAUACCAAGAAAUGCUUCAUGGAGACAAAUCAGUGGAACUAUAAAGACUAGAAUGUCUUUAACCUCAACAGAGUAAUUCUAAAAGUCAAAUGGGCUCUGUUAUAGAAGCUAGUUACGUGAUAGCAAAUCUGACGGCAGGAAAAUCCAAACCAUUUCCCUGAUGGUGACUUUGUUAAGCAAUGUAUGGAAAACACAACAGGCAUAAUGUGUCCUGAUUUAAAACACAAAAACCAGGUGUCUUCUGCAUCUCCUAAGGGUUCCUACUGGUUCUCCAGGAGUUUCGCUAAGGAAAGAUGCUGGGUUGACAGUAUAUGGCUUCUACAUCAUCCUGCUCUAGUGCAACUGCUACUGUUCUUCCCAAUUUCUUUCUUUCCUUACAAUCCCUGUUUCCGUAUACUCUGCAAGCCCCCUCUAUUAAUUUGCCCAGGUCCCUUAGCUUCCCAGGUACCUCACCCGUUCCUUGAAUCUGUAGAAAAUAAAGCCAUCCUUGCCCUGACUAGCAAAAGACCUUGGGAGGUGUAAACAAGUUCAGCAGACAUGGAGGGACAGAGUUUCCUCUUUCAGAAAAGCUGAAAGAUUGUAACUAUUCAUGUCAGACAGACCCUCUCAACACAAUCAGGAGUUGUCUAGCUUGUACACCUGGCAUGGGUGUGAGCAGAGGCUAUAAAGACCAUGGGCAAGCCCCACCAAACCUGAGGUGGCUUGACAGCGAAGAGUGGAGAAGCCCAGCUCCAGUGUCAUGUACUUCAGGGCAGGAUGGAAGAUCCAGCACUGCCACACGCAUUGGCAAGAGGGUCACGUUUAAUAAGUGCAUACUGACCAAGUGCAUAUUGUUCAUCACACACAAUAAAAGUUUUUGUUGUGCACUAA